CUGAGCUGUGAGUGGGCGGGGCGAAGCCUCUGUCACUCAGCCUGUUUAACUAGCUAGUCAGAGUUUAGGUGUGUUUUAUAAACUAACACUGACAUGUUACACUAUUUACUCCGCACCGUAUUACUGAAGAAGAAUUAAAUAAUCACCAGAUCCUGUACAGGCAAUUAGCAGAGAAGAUCAGAGUGAAAUGAGAGCUGUUCUGUUGUUCCUCUACAUCUCUACAUCAGUCCCUGUGAUCAGAGGCACACUCUCAAAGACCGAUGGCAAAAAACCCAACAAAGUGCAAGAAGCAGAGACAGCUGUAGCUGAGCUGCCGGUGCAGGAGCGGGGUUUAAUCGUGACGACUCCCCAGUGGAGGGAUAUAGUGAGAGAAGAGAAGAGAUUUUGCCCUCAGACCAUAUCAAAACGUCACUUUCAGGGAUCAGUGCUGGGAUACAUCACACCGUGGAACUCCCACGGCUAUGACGUCGCUAAGAUUUUCGGGUCUAAGCUGACCUCUGUCUCACCGGUAUGGCUCCAGCUCAGGCGCAAAGGACCAGAAAGCUUUCAUAUCGCUGGUCUGCAUGACAAUGACCAGGGUUGGGUCAAGGCUGUGAGGAAAGCAAACAAAAAAAAUAAAAUAUUACCUCGCCUGUUAUUUGACGGCUGGUCUUAUCAGGACUACAUGAAUGUCCUGGACAGUGAGGAUGAGAUUGAGGAGAUUACAAGAGAAAUCGUCGAAGUGGCAAAGGCUGAAGGUUUUGAUGGCUAUACUCUGGAACUAUGGAGUCAGCUGGGAGGAAACAAGAGAAAGGAGCUGACCCACUUGGUUACACACCUUUGCCAGUCCCUGAAGGCUCGGAAGCUUACCUGCAUUCUCGUCAUCCCUCCAGCUAUCGUUCCUGGGUCAAACCAGCCAGGUAUGUUUGGAAGAGAAGACUUCGAAAAACUGGCUCCUGAUGUCGAUGCGUUCAGCUUAAUGACCUAUGACUAUUCUAGUCCGGGGAGACCAGGCCCUAGUGCUCCACUGCCCUGGAUGAGAGAUUGUGUACUGCAACUUGCACCAGAGAGCCAGUGGAGACACAAGAUCCUGCUGGGCCUUAACCUGUACGGCCUCGACUUCACCGUCAACGGGGGAGCGGAGCCGCUGUUGGGGGCCAGGUACAUCGAGCUUCUGAAGGAAUUCAAACCUAAGCUAGUUUGGGACGAGUACGCAGAAGAACACUAUUUUAAUUACAAAAGAAAUUCAGUAAAGCACACGGUCUAUUAUCCGACUCUGAAGUUUCUCCAACUACGAACUGCACUGGCAACAGAACUGGGAACAGGAAUCUCUAUAUGGGAACUUGGCCAAGGCUUGGAUUAUUUUUAUGACCUUCUGUGAAUUGGCCUGAGUGUGUGUGUGUGUGAGUGUGUGUGUGUGUGAGAGAGAGAGUGUGUGUGUGUGAGAGAGAGAGUGUGUGUGUGAGUGUGUGUGUGAGAGAGUGAGUGUGUGUG